CGAGGGAUCUCUAUCGUCUCCGUCAUUAUCCGAGCGUCCGUUAUCGGAAGGGUUUUUGGCAGAAAAUAAAAAAAGGUGAUUAAAUGAUUCUUGUGGAGGAGGGGCGCACGGUAAGAAGCUUUAAUCGAAUGGCGCAUUUUAAAAGCCUCGUCUUCUUCCCCCACCGGCUGAGUCCACUAACUUGCGCAUCUCCUCUUUUACCUCUCUCCCCCUUCUCUAUCGUUACUGUGAUUAGGGUUCUUUUUUUUGACGCCGUAUCGUUCUAUUCAUUCUCUCAUGGAUCGUUCAAGAAGGCAACCCAGUAGUGACUCGCGUUACGCAACUCUCUUCAAUCUCGAGCCGUUGAGGAACUUCACGAUUCCUAGACAUGAAGAUGAGAUUGAGAAUUAUGAUGAAACUAGAAGCAAUCAAGUUGCUAACUACGGCAACGGCGUUAAGAAGAGAAAGCGGUGGAUAGAAGAAGCUGGUGAUGAUGAUGAUGACCAUUACAAUCAACAUGUUACUGAGGAGCAUUACAGAUCAAUGCUUGAGGAGCAUGUGCAAAGACUCAAAAGUAGCUCCAGGGAGUCUCAGGGGAAUCACACAUCUCUGAUGCGGAAGAGCAAUGUGGGCAGUUACAGAGGUAAUGGUCAACGUGGGAGAUUCUAUGACGCGGAUGCGAUCUCACAAAGACGAGGAAGCUAUCGUGGUUCAGCUAUUACCCCUAAAAUAGCAUAUGAGCCUUCGUAUUUGGAUAUUGGUAAUGGUGUUGUCUACAAAAUCCCUCCAAGUUAUGACAAGCUGGUGGCGUCAUUGAACUUACCUAGCUUUUCAGAUCUUCGUGUGGAAGAUUUUUACUUGAGAGGAGCUCUGGAUCUGAGAUCAUUAGAAGAAGUGAUGGCUAGCGUUAAAAGGUCUGGAGUUAGAAGCCGUAAUGGAAUGGGUGAGCCUCGACCUCAGUAUGAAUCUCUUCAAGCGAGAGUGAAGGCCUUGUCAGCUUCAAACUCCAACCCAAACUUUAGCCUCAAGGUGUCAGACGAUGCAAUGAACUCUGUCAUUCCAGAAGGAGCUGCUGGAAGCACGGCACGGACUAUUCUAUCAGAGGGUGGUGUUUUACAGGUCCAUUACGUGAAGGUUCUGGAGAAAGGGGAUACAUAUGAGAUUGUUGAACGAAGUCUACCAAAGAAGCUGAAGGUGAAGAAUGAUCCUGCAGUCAUUGAGAAGACAGAAAGGGACAAGAUUAGAAAAGUCUGGAUCAACAUUGUCAGAAGAGAUAUACCAAAACACCAUAGAGUCUUCACUAACUUUUAUCGGAAACAAUCAAUUGAUGCCAAGAGAUUUGCUGAUGGUUGCCAAAGAGAGGUGAGAUAUAAGGUGGCUAGAUCAUACAAAUUGCCAAGGAGUGCACCAAUUCGCACCAGGAAGAUAUCCAGAGACAUGCUGCUAUUCUGGAAGCGGUUUGACAAGCAGAUGGCAGAAGAGAGGAAAAAACAGGAAAAAGAAGCUGCAGAGGCAUUAAAACGCGAACAGGAGCUUCGAGAGGCACAAAGGCAGCAACAGAGGCUCAAUUUUCUUAUCAAACAGACUGAACUUUAUAGUCACUUCAUGCAAAACAAAACCGAUUCAAAGCCUUCAGAAUCCUUGUCGAUAGCAGAUGAAAAUCUGGUUGACGAAAAGCUCCGAGAACCUGCAGCAGCAGAACCUUCUGAGGUGGAGGAUCCUGAAGAGGCUAAAAUGAAGGCAGAUGCCCUGAAAGCUACCCAAGAGGCAGUAUCUAAGCAGAAAAAAAUAACAGAUGCGUUUGACACUGAAUCUAUGAAGCUACGGCAAACUUCUGACAUGGACGGACCACCAAAUGAUUUCUCGGUCUCUGGCUCGGGCAAUAUAGACUUGCACAACCCAUCUACAAUGCCUGCUACAUCAACAGUUCAGACUCCAGAGUUGUUUAAAGGAACUCUAAAAGAAUACCAAAUGAAAGGCCUUCAGUGGCUAGUCAAUUGUUAUGAGCAGGGUCUGAAUGGCAUUCUUGCUGAUGAAAUGGGCUUGGGUAAGACUAUUCAAGCAAUGGCGUUCUUGGCACAUUUGGCUGAGGAGAAAAACAUCUGGGGUCCAUUUCUGGUUGUUGCCCCUGCUUCUGUUCUUAACAAUUGGGCUGAUGAAAUUAGUCGUUUCUGUCCUGACUUGAAAACUCUUCCAUACUGGGGAGGAUUACAAGAACGGACCAUUUUAAGAAAGAAUAUCAAUCCCAAGCGUAUGUACCGAAGGGAUGCUGGUUUUCAUAUUUUAAUUACCAGCUAUCAGCUACUAGUAACCGAUGAAAAGUAUUUUCGCCGGGUCAAAUGGCAAUAUAUGGUGCUAGAUGAGGCCCAAGCAAUCAAAAAUUCCACCAGUAUAAGAUGGAAGACCCUUCUUAGUUUCAACUGUCGGAACCGAUUGCUUCUGACUGGUACUCCAAUUCAGAAUAACAUGGCAGAACUAUGGGCCCUGCUGCACUUCAUCAUGCCAAUGUUGUUUGACAGCCAUGAACAAUUUAACGAGUGGUUCUCAAGAGGAAUCGAGAAUCAUGCUGAACAUGGAGGCACUUUGAACGAGCACCAGCUUAACAGACUGCAUGCAAUAUUAAAGCCAUUCAUGCUACGACGUCUCAAAAAGGAUGUGGUUUCUGAGCUAACCACAAAGACAGAAGUUACUGUACACUGCAAGCUCAGUUCUCGACAGCAAGCUUUUUAUCAAGCUAUUAAGAACAAGAUUUCUCUGGCUGAGUUGUUUGACAGCAACCGUGGGCAUUUCAAUGACAAGAAAUUAUUGAACUUGAUGAAUAUUGUCAUUCAACUUAGAAAGGUUUGUAACCAUCCAGAGUUGUUUGAAAGGAAUGAAGGGAGCUCAUAUCUCUACUUUGGAGUGAUGUCCAAUUCUCUUUUGCCGCCUCCCUUUGGUGAGCUAGAGGAUGUACAUUAUUCAGGUGGUAAAAAUCCCAUAACAUACAAGAUACCUAAACUCCUGCAGAAAGAAAUGCUCCAAAGCUCUGAAACAUUUUGUUCUUCCAUCAGGCGGGGCUUAUCAAGAGAAUCCUUCCUGAAGCAUUUUAAUAUAUAUUCACCUGAAAGUAUUUUUAGGUCAAUAUUCUCAUCUGAGAGUAGCGUAGAUCAAGCAGUUAGUGGAAGUGGAGCAUUUGGCUUUUCACGCUUGAUGGAUUUAUCACCAUCAGAAGUUGGAUAUCUAGCUUUGUGUUCCGCCAUGGAAAGACUAUUGUUCUCUAUAUUGAAAUGGGAGCGGCAAUUCUUAGAUGAAAUAUUAGACUCUGUUAUGGAGUUCGUCGAUGAUGAUCUUAGUGGAGGUAACAUCACAAGAGGUAAAACCAGAGCUGUCACAAGAAUGCUGCUGAUGCCAUCAAAACUUGAAACGAGUUUGCUGAAAGGGAAACGAGGCACAAGGCCUACAUGUCACUCAUUUGAAUCUCUAGUGGUUUCUCAUCAGGAUAGGCUACUUUCAAAUAUCAAACUCCUACAUUCUACAUAUACUUUUAUCCCAAAAGCCAGAGCUCCACCGGUAAGCGUUCAUUGCUCGGAUAGAAACUUUGCAUACGGAACUACAGAGGAGAUGCAUCAGCCAUGGCUUAAGAGACUAUUAAUCGGCUUUGCACGAACUUCAGAAGCUAAUGGACCAAGGAAGCCGAACAACCUUCCACAUCCUUUGAUCCAAGAAAUUGAUUCAGAACUUCCAGUUGUACAACCUGCGCUUCAGUUGACACACCGAGUAUUUGGUUCUUGUCCUCCAAUGCAAAGUUUUGACCCUGCAAAGUUGCUAACGGACUCUGGGAAGCUGCAGACGCUUGAUAUAUUGUUGAAGCGGCUUCGAGCUGGGAAUCACAGGGUGCUCCUCUUUGCACAAAUGACAAAGAUGCUGAACAUUCUGGAGGAUUACAUGAACUAUAGAAAGUAUAAGUAUCUCAGGCUUGAUGGAUCCUCCACCAUCAUGGAUCGCCGAGAUAUGGUUAGGGAUUUUCAGCAGAGGAGCGAUAUUUUUGUAUUCUUGCUGAGCACCAGAGCUGGAGGACUUGGUAUCAACUUGACGGCUGCUGACACAGUCAUUUUCUAUGAAAGUGAUUGGAAUCCCACCUUGGAUUUACAAGCUAUGGACAGAGCUCAUCGUCUUGGUCAGACAAAAGAUGUAACUGUUUAUCGGCUCAUCUGCAAGGAGACGGUGGAAGAGAAAAUAUUGCACAGGGCAAGUCAGAAGAAUACAGUUCAACAGCUUGUUAUGACAGGGGGUCAUGUUCAGGGUGAUGAUGUGUUUGGAACUGCGGAUGUGGUAUCGUUGCUUAUGGAUGAUGCAGAUGCAGCACAACUGGAGCAGAAAUUCAGAGAACUACCAUUACAGGUAAGGGACAGGCAGAAGAAAAAACAGCCAGUGAAAUGUAUCAGAAUAGAUGCUGAAGGAGAUGCAGCUUUGGAAGAGUUGGAAGAUGCUGCUGAACGACGGGAUAAGGAACAGGAACCUUCCCAAGAACCGGAGAAGACGAAACCCAGUAACAAAAAGAGAAAAGCUGCUGCUUCAACUCCGAAACCUAGAGUCCCUCCCAAAGCAAAUGAAGAAGGAGAUGCUCCUCUUCAGCCUCAGAGAACAAAAAGGGUAAAGAGACAAACAAAGAGCGUAAACGAGAGUCUUGAACCUGUCUUCUCCGCAUCAGUUACCGCAGCAAAUGGAGAAGUCAAUCCAAGUAGCUCUAAUCCAGAUGCUAACUAAUCCGAAGAUGGUUAAAAGCUUCAAUAGAUAUUAACUUUAGGCAGGUUAUUAGUAAAUGGUUCCUUGUUUUCAAGCCUAAGUGUACAGAUAUCAAAAAAUUUUACUCUUCUUUAACAUAACAUUGGUCUAAUGGUACAUAUAUCUAUAACUAUUAUUAUCUAUUUAGCGAUUAACGUUAA